CGGCCGCGCGGUAUAUAAAGAUCCGCGGCGUCCGACCCGGGCAUCACACAACGCGUCCCGAGCACACACGCCGCCACGACACGACACCACUACAGUCGCAAGUUUGCAGAUCCGACCGGCAGUAAACCGUCAGCACGCGAACCGUAAAAUGGCUUCUUUCAAGUAUCUGGUGAGCAUAAAACAACGACGUCGCACACUUCGGUACACCCGUCAAGUGCCAUGACGUUUCCGUUUCACACUCCGGUACUAGCGCGGACCCGAGGUCCGGCCGGACUAGUUGUUUGAACGAUCUUCCGACAUUUCCGUCGCCUCUUAUGUUCGCUUUUAUUUUUCUCCGUCGAUUCCCGACAAGAAACACUACCCGCCGACGUACAGCGUACGGCAAUCCGUUCGGAAUCGGUUGUUUUUUUUGUUUUUUGUGUUUUGCUCGCAACGAGUUAUACCAUCCGCCGGUCUCACAACACUGGCCGACCCGACCGGCAGUAACGACUUUUUUUUUUUUCUUUCAAUCUAUCCGUUUCUCACGAUACCCAGAAUUAGAGUUAGGAUAGUUACGCACUUAAAAUCCACAAAAAGAGGCUUAAAAACGUCAAAAAAAGACCUAUUAGGUAACUUACAAGUUAUUUAAAAAAAAAAAAAAAGCAAUACCGGUAAACGGGUUUGAAAAUCUCGCCCUCUAAUGACGGUUUUGACUAAUCAGGACUAAUUUCUAACUACAAUUAUGAUUAUUACAAAGUCAUUUUUUUUUUUCAAAUAAAUGUUUGCGUGUUAUUAAAAAAAAAAAAAAAAAAAUUACUUUGUGUUAAUCAUUAAUUGUCAGUGUUAGAAAAUCAUAUUUAUUAGUGUUGGACGGGGGGCGGCUUUAAAACUCCCCUGCCACUUUUGCUCAUUUAAAUAUUUUCAAGCGGUUUGUUGAUGAAUUAAGCGGUUUUUUUCUGCAGAUUUUAAUUGCAUAAACAUCCUGAUCCUAUUAGUAGAGGUUACUACCGCUAUUUCCGAUUAUUAUUAUUAUUAUUCUAUGACCGACCGAUUAGUUCCGAGUGACUGUACCGCGGGUAUUUUUCGUCGUCCACGUCUCACGUACUUCGUCCCCGCUCCCCCGGCAGCCCUGUACCUCACUGUACACAUACUAUUAGUUCGAGGUCGAGGCGUUUUUUUUUUUUUUUUUUUUCGCCCGUCGAUAAAUUCCGGACGGCCGUGUUUUCCCACGACGACGGUUCGCACGUCGGACAAAACGUUUUUCGUUUUUCGUUUUUUUUCCGUCCGUUGCACGUCGCCGCCGCCGUAUAGGACAACGAGAGGUCCGUCUGAAAAUCGCACGGCCGACCAAUGACGUUGAAAAAUAAGCGAUACGAAUUUAUUUUUGUUUUCUUAAUAUCAUCGUUAUUUUUUUUUUGUUUUUUUUUUUAUGUUCCCCGUUUUCCCCUUAGAUAUUCGUCACCUUGGCCGUCCUGAGCGUGUACUCGGUGGUCGCCGAAGAAUCCGCACCGAAACCCGAACAACAACCGAACGCGCAGCCCGAAGACGCCGCCAGAGUCAAGAAACACGCGUACGCCAUCGCCGCCCCAGCACGUAAGUGACACUAUUCGGGGGCCGCGCACAACACGGGAACGUGCGGGAAACCGGGAACAUAAGAAUCGCGGGAGAGCAAUUUCACGGGAAAAUGAAAGACGGUGAAAAACAAAAAAAAACAAGAAAUUUUCGCCCGGAAAAGAAAUUCGACAGGGAAAUAACCGCCGACGGUGAAUCAAUAAUGAAUUACGCGUUCCCGGUUAUUUCCAUACGUACGACUAUUGUUUUCCCGACCCGAUUACUGGCGAAACAUCCCACUCCCGUGAAACGUGUUUCCCGAUUAUCCCGUAUCGCGUAUUUAUCGCGCCUGUGAACGGCGCGGUCCCCGGUUUUUAUUUUCCCGGCUAUCACAGCCCUCCCCACUCCCCCCUCCCCCGGGCACGCCGCCCCAGCGUUUCGGUUUCUCGUGACUGACGGGCUUGUUUUUGGUUUUUUUCUUUUGUUUUACAGCGGUCCUGGCCUACUCGGCAGCAGCUCCCGCCGCGUACCCGUACGCUUACUCCGCUUACCCGGCCGCGUAUCCGUACGCCUACCCGUCCGCGUACCCGUACGCCGCCGCCGCGUACACGGCUUACCCGAGCUACGCUUACGACGACGGCAAGUACUGGCCCGGCAAGUACGAGAAGACCUUCUACCCGGCCGCCUACAAGGCAGCCUACCCCGCCGUCUACCACUACUGAACCCGAUACGCACGCCACCAUCGCCUCUCAUCAUCCCGACAUAAUUCCGGACCGACAACAGCCGCGACGUCCCGCCAUUCUUCCGGCGACAAAUCUAGUGUUUAAGUUAUUAUUAUAUUUUUUUUUUUUUUUUUUACACGCUAAAUUUUUCAACCUUAAUAAAAACGUGAUCUUUUUUUAAAAUC